AUGAGGGACAUUCUAAAGCGGGCUAGUUUGGUUGAUUGUAAGCCUGUUUCUACUCCGGUCUCACUUGCUAAACCUGUGGAUGAUCCUUCAGUCCCCUAUCGGAGUUUGGCAGGUGCUCUUCAGUACCUUACUGUCACUCGUCCGGACUUAUCUUAUGCAGUUAAUCGGCUCUGUCAGCAUAUGCAGGCCCCUACCACGGCAGAUUGGGCUACACUGAAGCGUGUUUUACGGUAUGUUCACGGCACUUUGCACUUUGGUCUUCGUAUCUGUAAGUCUGUGUUGGUUAACAUUCACGCUUUUUCUGAUUCGGAUUAG